ACUGUUAGAGAAAUUUUAACCUUCUCCUUGUCUUGAGUCUUGAAGUAAUUAUUAUACAAUCAACGCGAAAGUGAUAUAACCCUUACAACAUUAUUCAAUUCGAAGAAAUUUUACUUGAAAUUCAAAGUUUUACUAAGAAGCAGAAUUUUAUCAUUUAAAGCGAUGAUAAAAGACCCAUCUUUUUUGCCGUCUUUCCUUUAAAAUUUCGUAAUCAUGUGGAAUUCAAAAAUUAGUGAACGUGAUGAACCACACAUUAGAACUUACGCCGAGAUAUUAAAACAAAAACAGGAUGAUGAAGGAUAUCAAACAACAAGUUCAAUACGACAAGAUCGUGUUGAAAAUGAUAUACUGAAAUUAUAUAAAUUAAGUAAUGAACCUGUUUUAACAAGACAGAAACAUAUUCAGUUCUUAAAAAAAUCUUUGUUUCAUCUUACUGAAGCUUACCAGUGUUUAGAUUCUAGCAGACCAUGGCUCUGUUAUUGGAGUCUACAUUCUCUUCAAAUCCUAGGAGAACGUUUAGAAUAUGAUGAAUAUUCAAAAAUUAUUGGUUUUUUGGCCAAAUGUCAAUCACCAGAAGGUGGCUUUGGAGGAGGUCCAGGGCAGCAUCCUCAUUUAGCCUCUACAUAUGCAGCAAUAAAUGCUUUAUGUACUAUUGGUACUCCUCAAGCUUAUCAAGUAAUUGAUAGGAAAGGACUUAAACAAUUUUUAGCAUCUUUACAUGGAGAAGAUGGUUCUUUCAGUCUACAUAAAGAUGGAGAAACAGAUAUAAGAGGAAUAUAUUGUGCUCUUUCUGUAGCAAAACUGACAAAUGUAUAUACUCCUGAAAUAUUUAAGGGAAGUGAAAGUUGGAUAGCUAAAUGUCAAACAUGGGAAGGUGGUUUUGGUGGUUCUCCUGGCAUGGAAGCUCAUGGAGGAUAUGGAUUUUGUGGGUUAGCAGCACUUAUGCUUCUUGGAAAACCUCACUUCUGUUGUUUGAAAUCAUUUCUGAGGUGGAUAGUAAACAAACAAAUGCGUUUGGAAGGUGGAUUCCAGGGGCGUACAGAGAAACUAGUAGAUGGCUGUUAUUCAUUUUGGCAAGGUGGAGCCUUUCCAUUGAUUCAUACGAUUUUAAGUAUGGAGAACAAAGUGUUUAAUUCCGCAUAUUGGUUGUUUAAUCAAGAGGCCUUACAAGAAUAUUUAUUAAUCUGCUGCCAACAUCCUCAUGGGAGUCUUGUAGACAAGCCUGGAAAAAGUCAAGAUGUAUAUCAUACAUGUUAUGCACUUAGUGGAUUGUCAAUUGCACAGAAUUCUCCGUUGCCAUUGAUCAUUGGAUCGCCUAAUUUAAAUUUAGUGAAAAUAAUUCAUCCUUUGUAUAAUUUAGAAAAUUCUUGUGCAAUUAAUGCAUUGAAAUAUUUUAAUACGCUGCCGAUACCUGACUGAACAUACAUUUAAUAUUUAAAAUAAAUUGAUAGAAUAUAAAUACUUUUAUUUCAUCUUAGUAAGAAUUUCAAAGACAGAUUCUACUUUAUUUCACAUAAAAAUUGACCAACAGAUUGUAAAUAUAAGAUUAUUGAAUAAUAAAAGUAAUAAUAAUUAUAAA